UUACAAAGCAGUCAUUUUGAAAUUCACUGCAAAUGGGUUUCUUAAUCUGACCUUGGUCAAGGCAUCAAAUGGGUCCCUGUUUGGCCCAAUUAUUAAUGCUUAUGAGAUCUUGCAGGUGCACCCAUGGGUUCAAGGGACUGCCCAAGCAGAUAGUAAGUUACCAUGUAUUUCUCACACCUGGAUUUACAUUCCACUUGUUUACUUUGUGAUACUAUUGAACAGCUCUCUCUCUCUCUCUCUCAUGGCUUCCAUGGCUGACUAUGCCGAAGAUAGUAGAGAAAUAUACAUAGCUCUAAUGAGAGAAGAAGAGAACAAGGUGCUUCAACUCUGCGAAAAAUUCCAAGAUGGCCCAUUGCAUGUGAUAACCAUACACAGUGACACAGUCCUCCAUAUGGCCACAUACUCUAAGCAAACUAACUUGGUUCUUAAUUUGCUCACAAGGGUCUCUUCAGAUCAUAUUCACAAAAUGGCCCAUCAAAAUGGAGUUGGAAACACCAUCCUCCAUGAGGCUGCUACUUCUGACAAAUUACUCCCUGCUGCCAUAGAAAUGCUGCGAAUCGCGCCCCAGCUGUUGAAUAUAUGCAACAAGUUCGAUGAGACGGCUCUUUACAGGGCGGCACGGUUUGGAAAAUUGGAUAUGUUUAAGUUUCUUGAUGAUGAAGUGAACAGAAUCUGCAGAACUGUGAGAGAUGUAAGAGGAGGAGAUUGCAAGGCCUUUUAUCAAAAGAAGAACAAUGACACUGUACUUCACACCUCCAUUGUUGUGGAGGAAUUUGCUUUGGCACUUUUUAUUGCCACAAAGUACGAAUAUUUGGUCGGAAAAAGGGACCGAGAUGGGAUGACUGCUCUUCAACUUCUUGUAUGCAAUCGAUCUGCUUUCAAAAGCAAGGGUGGAAGAUACUUUAAGCGUCUCAUCUACUCUUGUGUCUCAAUUGAAGAAGAUACAAAUAUUUCGACAAAAGGGAAUUGGGAAGUGCCUUUGUGGGAAGCAAUUCGGAAGGAGAAAGAAAAAAAUGUAAUGGCUUUGAGACUUGCCAAGUUCUUAAUAACAAAAGAUACAUCAUGGAGAACUACUAAACGAGUGGAAGAUCAGUAUGAGCCUAAGACCCAUGAAUAUGGAGAAGAGACCUCUUCUCUGCGAGAGGAAAUAGAGAAAGAGAAUGAAGAACAGAAACCACCAAGAAGUAUGGAGACUACCAACAAGCGGAUUGCUGAAACACCAUUGUUUUUGGCAACCAAGUCAGGCUGUGUGGAGAUCUUUAAAGAGAUAAUCCAGCUGUACCCAUGGGCAGUUGAACAUAUUGAUCACAAAGGGCGUACAGUUUUACAUGUGGCAAUAAAGUACCGCCAAAUAGAGAUAUUUAAAAUUGUGGAGAAAAUGGAAGUCCCAAUGAGGAGGCUGGUGCGAAAGAUCGACCACAAUCACAAUACAAUUCUACAUAUGGUUGGGAAAAAGAGAAAGGAUCAUAUGCCUCAAGAGAUGCAAAGUGCUGCUCUCCAAUUGCGCAAGGACAUGCUCUUGUUUGAGCAUGUAAAGAAAAUCUGCCCUAGCCAUUUAACAAAGCACAUCAACUCUGAUGGGCACACUGCAGAAGAGCUAUUUGCUAGGAAAAAUAAAAAACUUUGCCAUGAGGCCAAAGAAUGGCUUAAGCGUACAGCAGAACACUGCUCCCUUGUUGCUGUGCUCAUUGCCACUGUUGCCUUUGCUGCAGCCUACACAAUACCAGGAGGGCCCAAUCAAAAGACCGGUAUUCCACUUCUCCUCAACCAACCUUUCUUUGCUGUGUUCACCAUGACCGAUGUCCUUUCCCUUACAUUCGCUUUGACAUCAGUGAUAAUAUUCCUGUCAAUCCUCACAUCUCCGUUUCGGUUAAAGGACUUUAAGCAGUCUCUCCCACAAAAUCUAAUGCUUGGUAUUACAUUUCUGAUCUUCUCGGUGUCAAUGAUGAUGUUGGCAUUUGCUGCAACUGUGAUUCUUAUGAUACAUAAUAGGGAGCAGUGGACAAAAAUUGCCUUGUACACUGCUGCUUUCCUCCCAGUCACCAUCUUCGCACUCUCAUACUUGCCUCUGUAUAUAUCGCUCAUGAAGACUCUCAAUUACUCAAUCAAGAAAAUAACCAUGAUUUUUCCUCAAUUCACCGGUGAUUCUGUUGUAUCUUGGGCUGCCAAUUCGUUUUCUCACAAAUUCAAGAUCACAAAUUCCUCAAAGCCCACUCAAAUUGAAACCUCCAGUUCGACAUGCCCUCCUAAAUCUAAAGCCUCUCAUACUUUAGUUUGAAUGGCAUGAAGGAAUCUUAUUUUAGUACUCUUUUAGCAACACCUUGCCCAUGAUCUCAGAGAUUGUUCAGACUCCCAGCGAAAUAUCUAUGGAUAUUUUAUUUCCAUCUGUUCUUUUUCUAGCCAUUGAAGUGUAUCACAAACUGCACGUAUUUUACUUGUGUUGUUGUAGAUUUUCUUUAUAUCUUAUUUUGGAAAGCAAAAAAUAAUGGAAAGUUUGAAAACACCAA